CGGCGAUGCUGCGGACGCUACCACAGGCGGCGGAGGCCAAGGGGCAGCCGCAGCCGCAGCCGCAGCCGCAGCCACAGCCACAGCACGUCAGCCUGAGCGACCUAUGGCAGGCAUUGCGCGAUUCGUCGAUGUGCCCGGCGCGCUGGUGGAUGCGCAGACCGGCCGGCACGUGCGCGUCUUCGGCGAUGACGUGUAUGACCGCCACGCACUGCAUGCGGGGCGUGGCGCGGCGCCCCUGGCAAUGGCGGCGGCGGCGGCCGGCCACCGGCAGCCAAUGGGCCGGCGCGUGGAGUACGGGCGCAUGGGGUCUGCGCGGCCGCUGGCGUCGCAGCGCGCCGGCGGGCGGCAGGCCAGCCCACAAUGGAUGCAGGCACUACGCAGGGGCCCGGGCUGCUCAGGGCUGACCCUGGCCGGGUCGAUCCAGGGCUGGGCUGCACUCUGCGUGCUCGUGCAGCAGCUGAAGCAGCAGCUGGGCGGCCGCGCGCGCAGCUGCGACUGGUGGCUGCACCGCGUGCACCUGCUGUGCCGCGACCUGGCAGACUACUUUGCGGCGCAGGGCGAGUUCAGCGACUCGGGUGUGCCGCCGGCAUGGGCGCGCUGGGUCUCCAUGGCGCUGUUCGACGGCCAUUCUGGCGCGCCGCCUGGCGACCGCCUGGACGGAUGGCUGGGCACGCUGUUCUGCGUGGACGCUGCGGGCGAGCCGAUCCAUGCGGAGGACCGCUGGUGGGUACGCUGGGAGGAUGUGCCGUCGGGCAUUGAUCUGGUGCGCGUGGCUGUUGGCGCCCGCCAGUGGGUUAACCUCUACUCGGGCUUUGUUGGCGUGCAGGCGCUGCGCCGGGAUGCGGUGCGCAGCAGGGGCGGCACACGCACACUGCUGGGCGAGGAUCUGGAGGCUGCCUUUGGCAUCCACCAGCAGCCGGCUGAUCUGGAGACCCAACUGAGCCGGGCCUAUGAGCAGGCCACGGCGGGCGGUGAGCGCGCCGUUGCGCCGCUUGUUGGGUGGGCGCUGGACAGCUAGCUCCUUUGGGCUUAUUCAGGGCAGGGCAGGGCAGCUCUGUUCAGCUCAGCUCAGCUCAGCUCUGUUUUUUUGGGCCGCGAGCCCACUGUGUAUUUUGUCUUUUUUUCUGUAUAUUUCUUGUUUUGUUUUAUCAAUAUUGUACUUUUAUUCCCAUUUUGUGACCUUGUGUUAUUGAGUUGAUCACGGCAAGCGAAAAAUGGAAAAUCAGCCCUGCCAUGAGACACAUGAAAAAAA